CGACGUUUAAAGUUUCUCGUGCCAAGAAGGCGGCUAAUGAUCAGUCAGCCAUUACAGGUCGCCGGAAUAGCUGAAAGCGUGCGAUAUGGAGAAAUCUGGAUCUGAUGAAGCAAAUCACUGUGCGAGUCAAAAGAGCCAAACAGUCGAAGAUGGUCACUCACGCACCUUCACGGUUCCCUCAACUCAAGCGCUUACUCAUACAUACUCGACGGCGGGUCAACCUACGAAGCGUCUUCCUCAAUUUAAGGACACCUCCGCGCGAGGCGGUACAAAAUUUGAGCAGUCGCAUGCGCGAUACGUUUCACCAGCAGACAUACGCGAUUGCUGGGCGAAGCACACACGCACUGCGGUGCCGGUCCGAAAUGCUUUCUCUCGCGGAAGUUCGAAUCGUCAAUCAUGAACGAAGUUCAAAAGUCGGAGAAGCGGCUGCAUGUUGCUGCUGCUGCUGGUCCACAGCUUCGCCAGAAUCAAGUAUUCGGUGGCGAGGCGCAUGCGGAGACGUGCACAGCCGGCUCAUGACCGACCCCCCCAGCGACCUUAGCGUGAAAGCUCUGCUCUGCAUCAUGCACCUCGUCAAUCCGCUUCCUUGUGCCUUCAAGCUUUACGCGUGACUGACGUUGAGCGAGGCUGUCGAACACCAGUCAGAGUCGAGAUGAGA